GCCGACGAGCGCCUCCGCAGCGGACGGCGGGCCCUGGCCGGGCAAGGCUGGAGGCCUCCCAGGUGGGCACGGCCGCGUCCCUGAGGCCCCCCCCCUCCCCUGCGGCAGGCCGCCGGGACCCUGCCUCCGAGGCCGCCGCGGAGCAGCGCACACGCGCCGCCGGGGCUCCACCCGGGGGGCGACCGCACCAGGCGUCGUCGGCCGCGGCGCCCGGCGACGAUCGGCUCGGGCUGCGCCGCGCCCGAGAGGGCCGCGCCCGCGCCCUCGUCGCCGGGGGCGCGGGACGCUCCGCGCGGCGCGCGCGCCGCGCCGCCACGGGCCGCGCGGGCGCCGCGGGACGCUCCGCGGACGGGGCGCAGGCGGGGCGGAGCAGCGACGAGAGGCCAGCGUCAGAUCAGGUCCACGAUGUCCGCUGUGGCGUAGUCCUGGCCCAGGCCGACCAUCUGCUGCAUCCUCGACAGCAGCCCGCGCUGGAUGGAGCCGUUCAGGCACCGCUGCCGGACGAAGCUCUCCGCGGCGAGCUGGAGUCCUGGCCCGCCCCGAAGUGCAGCGUCUCCCAGCGGUGCUCG